UCCAGUUGCGUUUGUUAAACAGAUUCUUACUAAUAGCCUGUGGUUGGGAAAUUCAUCUCUUUCAUUCUCCUCUGAGCUGUACAGACACCACUAUGACUCUGUUGAAGCUCGAUCAGCGAUGCUGGUUCUCCUGUGUGUUCCUGCUGCUGAUAGACAAAGGCUAUUUUUUAUGUCUGUGUGUUUUAGUGCCCCUUUCAGUGUCUCUGCAGGAGAUUGAAGCUGUUGUAGGAGACACCGUCAUCUUACCAUGUUCGAACAGUGAUAAGGCACUGCAGGGUAAACUGACUGUGUUCUGGAGAUUCAGAUACAACAGCACUGUGUACGACAUCAUCAACAGCAGAGAAUCCUUUGAUGAGCAGGACGCGUCAUUCAGAGGCAGAGUUGAAAGUUUUCCAGCUGAGUGGACAAAAGGAAACUUCUCCAUCACACUCAGCAGUGUGACGAGGGCUGACUCAGGAACGUACACCUGCUUCAUUCCUGCUGGCAAUGCAAACACGGAAUCAAUUCUGACCAUUAAAGAGGCUCCAGUUUCAGAAAACAGGGACAUUAGAAGAGGACCAGAGAACGUCCUGCUCUUUUCUAUACCUCUGUUAGGACUGACCCUCCUGUAUGUCUGAUUUAAAGCACGUUUGAGCCACAUGCACACAGAACAGGUGUUUUUUCAUAUCAGAUGUGUUACAAAUCAUAUAUUUAAUCCAAAAUAAUUCUAUAAUAAUAAUUCGUCCACAUGUCUGGACCUGCAGAACAUCGCCCUGUGUGUUACACUACCCCACGGAUUGUCUUCUUCCUACAAUGCAUCCUGAUGCCUUCACUUGCCCAGGUAAAUGGUGCAGACCAGGUGACCUUCUUCCAUCACUCCAAGGUCCAGUUCUGAUGCUUGAGUGCCUGUUGCAGGAACUUAUCCUGCAUCUCCCGUAUUCGCUUCAUCACAACAUCAAAAUGUUUUGGUUUAUAUAAAUAUAUGGUUGCAUAUAUGGUGCUGUUGCAUCAUUGUUUUUUACUUGUUUAAAACUUGUACAUGUACAUAUAAACAUAUCGCUGUUGUCGGAAGAAAACCUCAUAUCUCCAA